UGUCUUCAUUCUUGAUGAGAGUGUUUUCAUGUAAGUCCUGAUGGUGCAGGUGCGGCCGGUCAUGUGCUUUUGAAGAACACACUGGUCUCUGUGGGCGUGGCCUCAUGGGGCUGGAGGCGGGGCUAACAAACACACAUGUGUGUAAUCUGACCCUGAAGCAGCCGCUCAUUUAGACGGUGUUUUAUAUGAAGGUUUCAGGUUAACAUCACAUGUUCUGGAAACUGCACUGACACAAAGAAAUACCUGAAGACUCCAGAGUUCAUUAAAUGCUGUUAAGAAGCGCCUGACAUCAGCAUUCUCCAGGUUUCUGGCGCAGCCCUGGUUGUGGGAGUGGCUGUGGAUGUCAGGUGGGCGUGGUUCUGUUUGUCCGGUGGGCGUGGUCACAUCUGUCACUAUCUGCAGUGAGAUCGGACUGAUGGAUGCAUAUAAUCACUGAUCUGCAGGCCGUCGCUCAAUGGAGACAGUCUGUAUCCGCCUGCACCUCACAGCACAACAUGAUGGCAAGUAAAAAAGCAAACAGGAGGUUUUCUCUGGACAGCUCAGGAUAUCAGCUGGAGAUCAGUGGAAUCGCAGCAAAGCCCAAGAACAGCAUGCUGAGAAGAUCCUCAGACAGCAGAAGCUUCCAGAAUCUGGACGAGACGCGUCUCGAGUCCCUGGAGCACAACGGCAGCAUCUUACGCAGAUCCAUGACUAUAGAGGAGGAGGGUUUGGAUCGUUCUGAUCGUUCUGAUCGCAAUAGUUUCAAGAACCACAACAGAACCUUCCACAAACUCUUCCCUGAGAUCCCAGAGACGGAGGAUCUGGGACACGUUCACACCUGUGGCCUGCAGAAGGAGGUGAUUUACCACGGUAAGAUGUACCUGUCCAAUCAGCACAUCUGCUUCCACUCGUCUGUGCUGCUCAAGGAAACGAAGGUGAUGAUCGACGUGUCCAGCAUUCAGAUCAUAAAGAAGAAACACACAGCUAAGAUCGUUCCCAAUGCCAUCGCCGUCAUCACCACGGACGGACGCAAGUACCUGUUUGUGUCGUUACUGAAUCGAGAAGCGUGUUUCAGACUGCUGCAGUCGCUCUGUCCACAGAUGCAGACGGGGAACAGCAGCAGGAAAUCCUCCACAGAAAACACUCCUGAUAUGGAGAUCGACACAAUUUCCAGUCAGUCGAGUCUAGAGGAGAAUCCUGAGAAUCACUUGAUUCAUCUGACAGACAAGACUCGAACUCUCCAGGCAGAAGAACAAAGCAGCUCGACGCCGCACAGCGACACCAGCAGAAAGAUCAACACGCCGGAGCAACACAACACAGCGGUCUCCUGGGUAACCGUGGUAACCGAGAAGGUCAGCUCCGUCCUGUCGUCCAAUGACACGCGCAGCCUGAACAAACUGCUGCUCUUCUAUGUGAUCCUUGUGAUUCUUCUGCUGUUGUCGUCUGGUUACAUCGGUUUGAGGAUCGUGGCGCUGGAGCAGCAGCUGAGCGUUCUGGGAUCGAUGCCGGAGUUCACAAUACAGAAAGAGAAUCAGGAAACGUAAGAACAGCACGAGUCCUGGAGAUCCGUGAGAAGAAUCUGUGCGUUUAAUCGUUCAGAUUGAGUUUCGGAGUCGAAAGCGCACAGCCAUUAAUGCUGGACAGAUGGAAACUGUGUCAAUCCUGGAGGAGCUGCAGCUCAUCUUGACCUCACUGACCUAAUGAUUUAUUUAUGCUGUAUUUCAUAUACUUUAUUCUAAACUUUCAAACUAAGAUCGGACGGUGUGAGUUUCACACUGACGUCGAUAUUCAGAUUAUGAUCUGUCUUCAAGUAUUUCUGCUACAAAGUUCUCGUCUUGCUUUGUCUGAUUACACUAGUAGAUCUGAGAUGUUUAUUGUGUUUUUAUUGAAUAUUGUUGUUAUUAUUAAUUGUAUUUGUUCUAAAAAUUAUAAUUGUAAAUAUUUAUUUUGAGACAUAUAAAACCAAUAAAGUAUAUU